AUGAUAUCACAACUAACUAAGACACCUACACUGGUCACCGCCGUCUCCCCUCAUUAUUCCGGUGGUGGUGGUGGUGGUAGUAGUAGUAGUAGUAGUAGCAGCGGCAGCAGCAGCAGCAGCAGUGGUGAUGGUGGUGGUGGCGGCGGCGGCGGCGGCGGCGGCGGCGGCGGCGGCGGCGGCGGCGGCGGUGGUGGUGGUGGUCGUGCGAUUGCAAAUGUAGUCACAAUUACUACUGAAUGCUCGGCCGUCGAUCUCGACGAUGAAGAAGGAGACACGGUCGCUGGCACAUGAGCUUUAUUCGCCCGACGUUUCGUAUUCUUGCUGAUGGGUUUGAUCCGGAAUCCGAAACGUCAGGCGAAUAGAGCACUUGUCCCAGCGAUCGUGUCUCCAUCUUCACGACUGCUUCCUGGGCCUCGUCUCUUCGUUUCUGUUGAUUUCGACUAUGUCCACCGUGUGCUCCACAUCAAGGCAACAGCAGGGACGCUGACUUGCGCGUGAUAGUAGACUUCCGCAGCAUAUACCACACUCUCCCCUCCUCCCCCACCUGAGCCUGGUUUCAUAGCCCAGUCAAGACCACCGGAAGCGGAAGAGGCGUUAGAUGACUGGCACGGCGUAGAACUACACUCAGAUGUAUCACCACACUCCUCGGUCCACAACAAACACUUGGCCAGGAUGCCAAAAACAGCAAAGAUGAGAUUUAGCUAGGAUCUCAGUUGUCGCGGUGUAAGCCUGCGCCGGGGCCCGCCACCACACCCAGAAUGUUGGCAUUUAUUAUGGGUGCGCACCUCCUAGAACGCCUGCCAGAAUCCGCUGUAUCCCCGUGUUGGUUCGGCGCACCUACCGCGUGGGUAGUUUUAGGAGCAGACACAAUUACUAAUAAUACUACUAGCACUCGCCGACAACCGGGUGUUCUACCGCACCCCGAAAUGUUGGUAUCUGUUAUGGUGCGCAUUCCGAUAAUGCCUGCCAGAAUCCAUGGAAGAAGUUUGUAUUGCGGAGCCCUUCUGUUGUGUACCAAAGGUUGGACCGCAGACCUCCUUUAGGUCAGCCAGCUGAAUUAUCACAACCAAGACGAAAAGAAAGACCUGUAAAAACCAGAUGCUAAGGCCCGAUGACGACUACCCAAGUCCUGCCAUCGUGUUCACGUCGUCAACGGACGUUCAGGGCACGGAUCGGUCUUAUCGAACACCUGCGGACCCAAUGCGAUUUAAACACGACUAAUUCCCCCCUCAUCUUGCAACCGUAAAAAUUGCGGCAGCAAUUUCUCACCACAGGUCAUCUGUGAAUCCAUCGCACGGAGAUCGGCGAACCAGUAUCUAUAGCCUCAACGUACACACGUCGCACGUACCCCAUCUGCUUGCAAAGUCCACACGGGUCUAAUUGGUCAUAUGCGUAUCCACGGCAGCGAAAUUCUCCACAAUGUCAUCGGGACAAUCCUGACUCCUACACCCGUAAACUCUUCUGUCGUCACCAGCGUCAAAGCCAUUAAUGACAUCGCCACACCGCCAGUUACACGCAUGUGCUGGUCGGGCACUUGAGAAUUCAUUGGACAAAGACCGGCGUAACAGUACCCUUCGCAUUCACUUCAUCCGCCCACAGUCCCCAAGGGUAUUCGGUCAAUGCGUGGGCCUAUUUGGUCAUGUACGCUUCCACGCAAACCUUCAAUAGAACCACACACUCCAGACCCCAUUAUCAUACCUCAACCCACUUGUACAGGCACACAUCCCUAGAUUACAUAGCCCCCCCCCCCAAACACCACCCACCAAAUCACACCUCUUCCGUCAACAAGCAUGCCCUCUGUUUCACCGCCGCCACCGUCAUGGCCGGCGUAACGUCACACGUCAGAACAUGAACACAUUACAUGGGUAGGAAGCAUAUUGUCUGCAGGGUAACAAUCGGGAGAUGGCCCCCAAAAAAUCCGCCUAACCAAAGCAGUCUGUCUUACGGGAUAGGUGAUAAUAGGGGUUUUUGUGGGUGAUGGCUGGUGAGGAUGUACGGUACUAGCUGACAGAGAGCCUUAUUUGAACAGGUGAAUGAUCGAAGUUGACCCGCUCUCCUUUCCGUUAUUAGAAAAUGGGUCGCUUAAGGCAGUAUUGUGGUAACGGACGAGUGGAAGGCGUAGAAUCGUCUUCCCUCAGAACGUUAUCUACAUUUCUCUGUUAACCACUCAAAGAACCUCAAGGACCCUACCAUCGGACGGCACACCAAUGUCAUUGAGGCAUACUGGAGUAGACUGAAAAGGAAACUCCACGAGGGAGGCCCUGUAUGUGGUCGAGCUGUGUGGGCCCACAUAGACGAAGUACAGUAUCGUCUUUGCUGUGGCCUCAAUGCCAUGUCUUUGACAGAUGCCUGGGAACUAUUCCUGUCCCCUGUUGUGCAGACUUAUCCUAUUUAAAAGUGGUUUUGUUUUUUAAUAAACUGCCAUAAUGCGAAUGUAUGCCGUAUAUUCAGGUGUACGUGUGCAACGAUGGGGAAGGUUAGGUAAUAGUGACCAUCGUCCAUGUAACCUCCAGCGAUCUUCGUUCGGCCAGCCCAUGUUAGGCCGUCGGGGAAAGUCCAAGUAGUGCAAGAAUGUAGGCCUGGAACCGCUGAUAUAGGCUGAAGGCGUUUGAGUCCACUGUUAGAGGUAUUAUUUCUAGGUAACGGAUUUUUUGGGUGCCAUCUCCUGAUUGUUACCGUCUGCAGUAUCCUGGUAGAUGAAGUGAUCAGGGCGUGUGGGGCACGCGUAGACGGGCUGUAGAGCCCUGCGCCCACGGUGCAUUUAAGAGGGAGUGUGACUGAUGGUGGUGGGUCCAGUCCCAUAUAAAAACUCAACGCAUCCAUUAUUAACUCUGUUCGCGUGACCAGUGGUGCGUGUGCAUGCGGGUGGUCAGUUGGGUGAAUGAGUCAGGCCCAAUGACUCCUUCUGACUGUAACUCCCAUGGCUCCUUCACACACACACGGGAGAUCCGAGUCGUUCGCUUUGUUCCUGUCAAAACUUGGUACAUCGUGCGUGACCAGGCCGCGUGUGGAACACGUAGACGACUGUCUCCGAGCCCAGCUCUGGCCGUCCUGACAUUGUCAUACCGCUGGAGCCCGGUGCGGUAGAUGCUUUGCAAGUCUGCCGAUCCACUUGCAUGUCGCCGGUGCUGCCCUUACUCGGUAGGACACGUAGUGGGCGUUGCCGUUUGCGACGGUCGAGUUCUCGAGUCAUAGGCAUCGCGACCUAACAGAACCUGUAAUCCAUAGAAGGUCAAUGAAACGUCGUCUCCCCCUCUGCUGUGCAUUUUCCGACAGCCUUAAAACGACCUGGAAUUGGUCUUUCCGCCUUCUGUCCAUACUUCACCGCAUUCUACCCCACCAGUCUUAUCACCCCCUGUUCUGUUGUUCGUCCCCACCCUGGUAGGCUAAUCGAGUGCUAUCGCAAGACGAGGCGCUGACAGCUGACUGAGCGCACACGCUUGGUGUCGAAACCCACCCACCUACUGAUUCACGCUGAGGCAACGCUGUGGCCCAGCUGACUCAGUUUAACAAUUUGGUUGGUGGGAGGGGGGGAGGGGGGAGCGUAAAGUGCACGUCUCGCUCGCGCGUGCAUUUACGUCACGGGUCAGAGGCUUUUUGGGGCAUAUCAGUAGUGAAGGCCUCACGCAGCGCGCGAUCAAUAUAUGCUGUUUGUCGUUGCGGCACCAGGUUUGGUCUAGUGCAUUAGCAGUGCCAGAUGUCAACAGCAACUGCAAGAAAGUGCCAGGUGGCGUUCAACGCAUCAAGGUCGCCUCACUUGCCUACCAAAUAUGUCCAUUUUGGCCAAUAUCACUACAAGUAGACGUAAUUUUACCUAACUAGUACGGAUACACGAGGUUAAUGAGAGGAUAAGCGAGGGAGACUGAACGCCUGACAUGCUAAUACAUUUAGUGCUGGCGGGUUCAGUUAGCUGACGUGUUCUAACAGAUCGCAGACCUUCCUGUCAUUAAGGGCAUGACACUGUAUGCACACGCAAACGUUGCAACUGAUAAAUCAAUGCAGGUUUCUUUUCAGAUCUGACCGACUAUCACUACUAACGGCAGCAAGACUAGACUCUGUACAAAGGAAAUUCAUUCUGAAAUGAUUUCGGAAGUUUGAAACCCGCUUGGAAAACAAAGACGGUUUAUAAGGGAAGUAUAAAGAAGUCCAUUUGAGAGACUUGGCUUCGGCCAAAUUAUGGAUAAUUUUGCAGCCGAAGAAACCAUUCAAAAUGUACACAAGAAGCGUUCCUGAAGAAGAAGAAGAAGAAGAAGAAGAAGAAGAAGAAGAAGAAGAAGAAGAAGAAGAAGAAUAAGAAGAAGAAGAAGAAGAAGAAGAAGAAGAAGAAGAAGAAGAAGAAGAAGAAGAAGAAGAAGAAGAAGAAGAAGAAGAAGAAGAAGAAGAAGAAGAAGAAGAAGAAGAAGAAGAAGAAGAAGAAGAAGAAGAAUGAGAUCAACAGACCCUCUAACGCAGGAAUAGUCGUCGGAAGCGUAUCACCAAAGUCUAGGAAAGUGGGUGAAGCAAGCGAGUCCUGGCGUUGGAAAUGUUGCAUUCCAAGCUCUGUUUCUACUAUCAGUCUAGGUGAUUCGGGCUGGAGAGUGAAGAAUCCCAAUUGA